UCCAUGAGUGCAGAAGCCCAUAGGGACCUCACUCAGGACUGUGUGACCUUUGAGGACGUGGCCAUUUACUUCUCACAGGAAGAAUGGAGACUACUUGAUGAGGCUCAGAGGCUUUUGUACCUCAGUGUGAUGCUGCAGAACUUUGUACUCACAAGCUCACUGGGUUGUGGGCAUGGAACAGAGGAUGAAGAGAUACCUUCUGAGCAGAAGGUUUCAGUGGCAGUUUCACAGGUCAGGACUUCUAAGGCAGGUUCAUCCAUGCAGAAGACUUACCUCUGUGAAAAAUGUUUCCCAAUUCUGCAGGACAUUUUGCACCUGGAUGAUCUACCUGGGCAGAAAUUCAGAAUUGGGACAUUUGCAGAUCUUCACCAGCACCAAAAGCAUCACAGUACAAAGAAGCUCUUGAUGAGGGACAUUGAAAAAUCCUCGUAUUUGAAACACUUCCUAUUCCGCAUGUCAAGGAAGCCCUUUGCCAGUUGGGAGAUUGAGAAGGACCUCCCAGCCAUGUGGAGCCUUGUCAAGUCCCCAGCAUUUCCCAGUAGUGAAAAGCCCAAUAAUACCUCCAAGGGUGGGGAGGACAGUCAUAGUCAUAAAAGUCAUACGUCAAGAGAAUGUGGGAAUUCUGUCAGCCACAAGCACACUCUUGUUCACCGCCCCAAAGUUACCACUGGUAAAAAGCUUUAUGAGUGCAGCAAAUGUGGGAAAACCUUCCGUGGCAAGUACUCACUUGAUCAGCACCAGAGGGUACACACUGGAGAAAGGCCUUGGGAGUGCAGUGAAUGUGGGAAAUUCUUUAGCCAAACCUCCCACCUGAAUGAUCACCGGAGAAUUCACACUGGAGAAAGGCCUUAUGAGUGCAGUGAAUGUGGAAAAUUAUUUAGACAAAACUCCAGCCUUGUUGACCACCAGAAAAUUCAUACUGGAGCAAGGCCUUAUGAGUGCAGUCAGUGUGGGAAAUCCUUUAGCCAAAAAGCCACCCUUGUUAAACACCAGAGAGUUCACACUGGAGAAAGACCUUAUAAGUGUGGUGAGUGUGGGAAUUGCUUUAGUCAAAGUGCCAUUCUUAAUCAGCACCGCAGAAUUCACACUGGAGCAAAGCCUUACGAGUGUGGUCAGUGUGGGAAAUCCUUUAGCCAAAAAGCUACACUCAUUAAACACCAGAGAGUUCACACUGGAGAAAGGCCUUAUAAAUGUGGCGAAUGUGGGAAAUCCUUUAGUCAAAGCUCCAUCCUUAUUCAACACCAGAGAAUUCACACUGGAGCGAGACCCUAUGAGUGUAACCAGUGUGGAAAAUCCUUUAGCCAAAAGUCUGGCCUCAUUCAACAUCAGGUAGUUCACACUGGAGAAAGGCCUUAUGAGUGUGACACGUGUGGGAAUUCCUUUAGUCAAUGUUCUAGCCUCAUUCACCACCAAAAAUGUCACAACGUGUAG